AUGUGGUUCGCGGAGACGCCCAGCAAGCGAUGGGCCGAGAAGUUCUUUCUUUACUAUUCGCCCGUUUGGAUCACAUGGGCUCUGGGCAUCAUCGUCCCGUUUCAGCUCUAUAAGCGCUUCACGGAGUGGGAGUACCUGUGGGUGGGCCUCGCAGCGGCUCUGCCCUGCGUGAUCGUUCCGCCCGUCAUGCUGUGUGCGGCUGACAGGUCUAAGCCGUGGCACGAGCAGCACUGGGUGAAGGCGAACGUGUGGAUUGCAAUCUUCAGCUUCGUUGGCAACUACUUCUGGACGCACUAUUUCUACACGCUGCUAGGGGCGUCGUAUACUUUCCCCUCCUGGCGCCUCAAUGAUGUGCCCUUUGCGCUCUACCUCCUCACCCACGCCUACUUCUGCUUCUAUCACGUCAUCUCCAACAUCACCCUCCGCCGCCUCCGCCACUUCCUCAACACCCCCUCGCACACUCCCUCCCCCUCCGUGAACCCUAAAUCCACUCAUUCAAAAAAUUCCAAGCUUUCCUCCUCCUCCUCCCCCUCCUCCUCCCCCUCAUCCGCGUCUCGCUCGUCAGUGUUCUCCCUCGUUGUGCAAGGGGCGUGGGUGCUCGCUCUGGCUUACAUCACAGCAUUCAUGGAGACCGCAACCAUUGCAAAUUUCGAGUACUACACCUUUGUGGACAAGGCAGCCAUGUACCGGGUCGGCACGCUCUUCUACGCGCUCUACUUCGUCGUCAGCUUCCCCUUCUUCUUCCGGAUUUACGAGCACCCAUCAGACAGCUGGCCUCUUUCUCGAGUAGCAGUAGACUCAAAAACCUCACCUCCUCUCCUUACAUUUCCCCUUGUCCAGAAUCGACGAGCACCCAUCGGACAAAUCGACGAGCACCCAUCGGACAGCUGGCCUCUCUCCCAAGUGGCAGUGGACUCGCUGGGAGCACCCAUGCUGGUUACUACUUCCAACCCCAUUAACUCCCUCCCUCCUCCCCUCCUCCCCUUCUUCCCUCCUCCCCUCCCAAUCAUCCCUUCCAGAAUCGACGAGGAUCCAUCAGACAGCUGGCCUCUCUCCCGGGUAGCAGUGGACUCUCUCGGAGCAUCCCUUCGAGUCGACCCAAACUCCUCACCUCUCCUUUCGCCUCCCCUUCUUUCAUUUUCCCUUCUUCAGAAUCGACGAGGAUCCAUCAGACAGCUGGCCUCUCUCCCGGGUGGCAGUGGACUCCCUGGGAGCAUCCAUGCUGGUUACCAUACUUCUCGACAUCUGGCGCCUUGUGAUUGGCCCAAUCAUCCAGCUGCCACAGAACAACACAUGCGCAUCUGGCCUCCCCUGGAUGGGCUCUUCACUGCACCCAUUCAGCAGCACUUCCCUAUGCUGAAGAAUGCCGGCUUUAAAGCCGCAGUCCUUCCUACGCUCUCGGCUAUGUGGGCAGCAGCCGCGCGUCAGCACCGCCUGACAGCUACACUUCCUCCAGAGGACUCUGGAGGAAGACAGCCGCCCGCCAGCACCGCCUGA